ACACAAUAUUGGAAGUUAUUUUUGCAAAAUCGUAUUAAAGCAUUUGAUAAUAAUCAAGAAACUGGUCAGCCUAUACCUGAAAUUACAAUAAAAAAAGUAAUUAAAUAUGUAACAAAAGUAUGA